CCCUGUCGUCCGUCGUAUUUAUGCGAGCGCGAUCAGACCCCAAACCCUAGUUUUCUAAACCCUCUUCUUUCUCAUUUAUUUGUGAAAAAAUGGCGGACUCUCCUCGUAGAAGGUACUCGCGGUCCCCUUCACCUGUGAGAGCACGUUCUAGGUCCAUGUCCAGAUCCAGGUCAAGAUCGAGAUCGAUAACCAGAUCAGGAAGUCUUGACAGGCACAAGGGUAGUAAGAAUGAUGCUGUAAACCCUGGCAACACUCUUUAUGUUACUGGACUAUCUACUAGGGUUACAGAAAGGGACGUUGAGGAGCACUUCUCCCGGGAGGGAAAGGUCGCCAGCUGCCGCCUAGUUGUGGAGCCUCGUACACGCAUCUCUCGAGGCUUUGCUUUUGUGACCAUGGAUACUCUUGAGGAUGCAGACCGAUGCAUCAAGUAUCUGAACCAGUCGAUAUUAGAGGGGCGAUACAUCACGGUGGAAAAGUCUAGGAGGCGGCGCCCUCGGACCCCAACACCUGGGAACUACCUUGGAGUGAAAAGCAAUAGAGACUCUGGACGUGAGCGCGGUAGGUAUCGUGGUGGAUAUGGCCGUGAAGACUAUGGUGGGUAUCGACGUUCUCCAAGGCGAUCACCCUAUCGUGGCGGUCGUGAUUAUUCUCCACGCAGGUCUCCUUAUGGAGGUGGCCGCUCUCGAAGGGAACGUUCUAGAUCUCUGCCUUACUCCCCGCCUUAUGAUAGUCCAGACCGUGGCCAUGGUCGACGUCCUAGUGCCUAUGCUAGGUGACAUUUUUAAGAUGGGGCCGAGUUUCUGGAUUGGGUUUUUAUUACUGUUAAUUUGUCACGGAGUAUAUUUGUGCAUGUACUAGUGCCUUGGAUUGAUCUUAUUGCCCUUGUUUCUCUCCCCUUUGUGCUUGUAUAUCACUUUGAGUGUUUGUAGGCUGGGUUAUGAUGUAUGAGCUUUAAACUUCAGUUUAGGAGUUUGGGAAGACGAGGGAAGUAUAACGUUUCAGUAAGAGCCUUUCCGUGGAAGUUUUGUAUGUUGUCAUUUCCGAUAUUUUUCUAUUGUGUAAUUGAACAAGGGAAAGAGGAAAAGCCAGGGUAAACACAACUCAAAUGUCUUUCAAGAAUAUUUUCUGGAACAGUGAUGGCAAAUGCGUUCGAUCU